UUAUUUUUAUUCACGAUAAUCAGACUGAAUUGAAAUGUGAUAAAAUAUUUUCUCCUUGAUUUCCUGCGAAUUUUCUGAACUGCUUUUCAUUCUUGUACGAGUGUUCUAGUCCAACUGAGACGAUGAUAUCUAUAAAUAAAAACAGAAAGAAAGAGAUCAUGUUAUUAAUACCAUCAACCAAACAAAAUAUAUUUCGUCCUCCGAUAAAGCUGGCCAGCCAUCAGCCACCAGCAAUUAAAAUUGUUCUUUUUGUUCAAGUAACAUUCGAUUCUCCCUCAAGAACACCAGUUUUGAAUCUCCAUCUGCAAAAUCUUUUUAUUUGAAUAUGGUUUCAGGAGCAGAACAAAUUCAUGUAAUGUUCCUUCCCUACUUGGCCCCAGGUCACAUGAUGCCAAUGAUAGACAUAGCCAGACUGUUUGCUUCAAAUGGUAUAAAAGUCACCAUUAUAACCACCACGAAGAAUGCCAUUCGUUUCAAGAGUUCCAUCGAUCGCGAUAUUCAAGCCGGUCGAAACAUUUCUCUUGAAAUAUUACGUUUCCCCUCCGCAGAGGCUGGCUUACCUGAAGGCUGUGAAAACUUAGCAUCAACACCAACGCCAGAGAUGUCUAUAAAACUCUUUCAUGGAAUAGGUUUGCUGGAGCCGGAGAUCAAAACGAUCUUUCUAAAGCAUAGCCCUGAUUGCAUUGUCUCUGAUUAUCUUUUUCCUUGGACUGUUGAUGUUGCUGUUGAACUUGGAAUACCGAGGCUUGCAUUUAGUGGCAGUGGUUUCUUUAAUCUUUGCGUCGCUAAUAGUAUCGAGUGUAAUCGGCCUCAUGAUUCUAUUACGUCUGAGACAGAAAGUUUUGUUGUUCCAGGCUUGCCAGACCUAGUCAACCUGACGAGAUCGCAAUUGCCUGAUAUCGUAAAAAGCAGAACAGAUUUUUCUGAUUUGUUCGAUACACUUAAGGAAGCUGAGAGGAAGAGCUUUGGAGUGUUGAUGAAUAGUUUUUAUGAAUUAGAACCAGCUUAUGCUGAUCAUUUUACAAAAGUUAUAGGAAUAAAAGCUUGGCAUUUAGGCCCUGUAUCUCUCUUUGCUGAUGAUAAAGUCGCAAGAGGGGAUAAGACUAGUGUAUGCGAGCACACCUGUUUGCGCUGGCUUGAUUCCAAGAAGCCUAAUUCUGUAAUCUAUGUUUGUUUUGGAAGCUUGACCAGAUUCAACAAGGAACAGAUAGUAGAGAUUGCAAGUGCACUUGAAGAUUCAAGCCGUUCUUUCAUUUGGGUCGUAGGAAAAGUACUAAAAUCCUAUAAUGACAAUGAGAAAGAUGAAGAUAAUCAGCAAGAACAAUGGUGGUUGCCUGAAGGAUACGAGGAAAGAUUGAAGGAAAGUGGCAAGGGCCUUGUCAUAAAAGGAUGGGCUCCUCAAGUGAUGAUACUUGAGCAUCCAGCAAUUGGAGGAUUCUUGACUCAUUGUGGUUGGAACUCAAUUCUUGAAGGGCUAUGCGCAGGUGUGCCUAUGGUUACAUGGCCAAUUUUUGCAGAACAGUUUUACAAUGAGAAGUUGGUAACCCAAGUAGUUAAAUUUGGAGUACCUGUUGGUAAUGAGAGUUGGAAAAUAUGGGCAACUCAAGAAUCACCACUGAUGAGUAGAAAAAAUAUAGAGAAUGCUGUGAGAAGGGUAGUGGGUGAUGGAGGUGAAGCAAUUGAAAUGAGAAAAAGAGCAAGAAGACUAGCAGAAUGUGCUAAAAAGGCCGUGGAAGAAGGAGGGUCAUCUUACAAUGACUUGAAGUCCUUAAUUGAUGAUAUCAGAAUGUACAAGCAUGCAACAACAGAGAAGAAAAUCUAAGGAAACUACAGCAAAUCAUUCAUUGUAGCUAGAGAAGCCCCAGCAAGAAGAGGCAAGUGCACCUUGAAUUGCUCGACAAUAAUGAGAAAUGGAAAUCCCAGGUCUUUUUCCCUGAAACGAGGAUGAGAUAAGUUAAUGGAAAGAGGAAGUUGGCCACUAUUGUUGUAGACAAGCAAUUGACCUCGUUAAUUUUGAAGUAAAUUUGCACAAGAUAUAUUACACAAUGGCAUCUAAUCUAA